AUGCACGGACUUGAGGUCUUGCGAGCGGCUUUGCUUACAUGCGUAGGACGACAACCGACUGCCCACCUCAUUACGACCAGCCUGGAACCUAAGGUGAUUAGUGUUAUGCUCAACCUGUUCAUCGCCCUGCGCUCAACUGCUCCAUCUCUGUCUUCGAACCUCGUUCGCCGUGCUAAUCCGACUUUUACCUGGGCACUACGACCAUCUUCCACACCGAAACGAAGCACGAUGGCGCCGGCGACAACUCCGACAAGAACAGUAGCUCGACGAGCUUCGAGUCGCAGUGCGGCCGAAAGCCCGGCGGCAUCAUCUUCCACCACAUCGCCGGUCAAGCCGAAGCGGAAGGCAUCCGAGUCGUCGUCGUCUCGAGCGAAAGAGGCGACCGAGGAUGAUUCCGCAGCGAAAGAUGAGCUCGCCGCUUCGGAAGCCGCGACGCCAGCGAAAAAGCCGCGCAAGAAGACGGUAUCUGACUCGGACUCGCCGAGCGCUCCCAAGUCAGAGGACACGACGGCGGAUCCUAGCUUGCCCAAGAACACCGAGAUGCCAGCAAGCCUCUCGUAUGCCCGCCCGUCAGCACCUGGCAGCGUUCGCAUCACAUCGUGGAACAUCACCAGUCUCAAGUCAAGCGAGCCAAAGGGCAUGAUGCGCUACCUCGAAGCAGAAGAUGCCGAUAUCGUGGUGCUCUCCGAGACAAAGGUCAACGAUGCACCAAUGCAUCCCGGUCUCACCAAGAUUUACAAGCAUCAAUACUGGGGUAUCGGCAAGCAGAAAGGCUAUGCUGGUCUGGCCAUCCUCUCCAAGAUUCAACCCGUCAAGGCUGUCUACGGCCUACCUGGUCUCAAAGAGCAAGAUACCAAGGGUCGCAUCGGUGAGUUCUUCGUGCUUCGUGCUGUACUAAUGCUUCUGCUUCUUUCGUGUCGUAGCUGA